AUCAAUACUGUCAACUGUCACAAGUGUCACCUUAAAAAGGUGACCAAGAUUUGUUGCAUAAUAUUUUAAAGUCUUCUUAGAAUAAUCGAAGAUGUUGAAGCCCGCGAGUGUCCCCGGCUACUUCAAAUCCGUUAGUCAAGUAGUUAGCAACCAACUGAAUACAGGAAAACAAAUUGCAAUACUUCCCAAAAAAUCUGUUGUGUACAUUCCUUGGUCCAGUACUUCACCAGCAGCCCUUAGCAAAGCCCUACCUACUGGAAAUGUAUCUGUCUCAGUCGGACCGGCUGUUACUAGCCAAGUUAGGUGGGCACAUACCGAUAUUACUGUUCCCGACUUCACCAACUACAGGAGAGAUGGUACUAAAAAUCCUGCAGCGAAAUCAGACAAAAGUGAAGAUUCUCGAAAAAAUUUCACUUAUUUAAUGGCCGGAGCAUGUACCGUUGGUACUGCUUAUGCUGCGAAAGCUGUAGUUACGCAAUUUAUUAGUUCAAUGAGUGCUUCGGCUGAUGUAUUGGCUUUAGCUAAAAUCGAAAUUAAGCUUGCAGAUAUCCCUGAAGGCAAAUCAGUUACCUUUAAAUGGAGAGGUAAACCACUAUUUAUUCGCCAUAGAUCAGCAUCAGAAAUCCAAGCCGAACAAUCAGUUCCGGUGUCAUCUCUUCGUGAUCCCCAACAUGACAAUGACAGAGUUCAGAAUCCUUCAUUUUUGGUAGUAAUUGGUGUAUGCACCCAUUUGGGUUGCGUCCCAAUAGCCAAUGCUGGUGAUUUUGGAGGUUAUUAUUGCCCCUGCCAUGGUUCUCAUUAUGAUGCUUCUGGACGUAUCCGUAAAGGACCUGCACCAUUGAACUUGGAAGUACCUCCUUACACCUACCCAGAGGAAGGACUCUUAAUUGUUGGUUAAAUAGGACUUCUGUUAAUGUAAAACUGAAAUUUUUGAACUAAUAAAUUGAAAGUAUUGAUACAUUUUUUAAAAGAACUAAAUUUUAAAAACUAUUUUAGUUUAAUAUACUUUAUUUAUUAGAUCAAUUUAUUUUAGAUUAAAGCAAUUAUUUAUUUGUGGUUA